CUACUCCAACCAUAUGAUAAUAAAAGAAAACAAAAACAAGUAAAACAACUCACAAAGAAAUUUAAGUUAAACGUUUAUAUAGCUGAUUUAGGGGUAGUAAAACAGCAAAUUGUAAGGUUAUGCACUUUAUUCAAUACAGAGGAUCAUGUCAACUUUAAUUGGGAAAUCAAUCUUUCUGAGGACUUUAAAAUGCGCCAGGAGAACUUCAUGCCAUUUCCGCAAAGUUCAUCAAACAAGAGCUGCCAAUUUAGAGCAAAAAAAUACCGAAAAGUCUUCAGGAGAGACGCACUUUGGUUUCCAAACAGUCAAAGAGAGUGAAAAGGCUGAAAAAGUGUAUGAAGUCUUUGAGGAUGUUGCGUCGUCUUAUGAUAAAAUGAACGACGCCAUGAGUUUUGGCAUUCACAGACUAUGGAAAGACAUUUUUGUAGAUCGCCUUGCACCGACCAAACCAUGCAAAAUUCUAGACGUGGCCGGAGGAACUGGUGACAUUGCCUUCCGUAUUGCGAAAUUCUUAGGCAGCAGUGACGGAAGUGGAAUCACCGUCUGUGACAUAAACCAGGCCAUGCUGGACGUCGGACGCAAUAGAGCAAGUGGCUUGGGCUACACAGGGAUGGAGUGGUUGCAGGGUGACGCAGAAAACUUGUCUUCUAUUGCUGACAACUCUUUUGAUGCUUACACCAUUGCUUUUGGAAUCAGGAACGUCACCCACAUUGAAAAUGCUCUUAGUGAAGCUUACAGAGUUCUGAAACCUGGUGGUCGAUUCAUGUGCUUGGAGUUCAGCCUUGUCCAGAAUGAAAAUCUUCGAUGGCUGUACGACCAGUAUUCAUUUCAAGCAAUCCCCGUCAUGGGCCAACUGAUCGCUGGCCAGUGGAAGGCUUACCAGUACCUAGUCGAGAGUAUACGGCAGUUCCCAAAUCAGGAGGAAUUCGCCAGCAUGAUUGAACGAGCUGGAUUCAAAUUUGUUCGCUAUGAAAAUCUAACUUUCGGCGUUGUAGCCGUCCACUCAGGACACAAGUUGUGAAUACAUAUUUCAAUAAAUGAAACUCGCUGUGAGUAAGGGAAGCAGUUAGGGUUUUAU